AUGUUUCUCAGCUCUCCUCACAUCUAUUCCCAAAUCCUAUAUGUAAUCGCUGCAUUCUCAUUCCCGAUUCAUCUAUUCGGUGGUUAUUGUAUUCUAUUCAAAACUCCUAAAGCGAUGAGAUCAGUUAAAUGGACCCUGUUCAUCAUGCAUUUCUGGGCGUCCCUCUUCGAUUUGAGCAUCAGUUUUUUCGGUCAACCAUUUAUCUGCACUCCUGUACUAGCUGGAUUCCCGCUGGGGCUCUGGAGCUGGCUGGAAGUGGACACUGGAAUCGUGAUGUUUCUUGGAUUUACCACUGCUUUUUUAAUGCCGAUUUCUGUCAUCAAAACCUUCGAAAACCGUUACUACAUCCUAUUCGCCGAUCGAACGGUUUGGAGAUACUUUCGUUACCCAUUCUUUGUUUUAAACUACAUUUUAUCAAUAUCUUCUGGAUUAACCACUUAUUUUAUGAUCCCCGAACAGAGUUACGCGAGAAGUGUGAUCUUUGAACGGAACCCUGAUCUAUUACAAUUUGACUUUCCCGAGUCUCCAAUACUCGUGUUGGCUAUUGACAAUACAUUUAACAAGUAUCGUCAGUUUGCAUUAAUAGCGAUAUUUAUUUCUGAAAUUAUGAUUUUUGUACUGCUGAUCAGGUGGAAUACGAACAAUGCCAUGAAGGAUAUGAAAAUCUCACCGAGCACUUUGAGGUUGCAAAAGAACUUUAUGAGAGCGCUAAACUAUCAGAUAGCUAUCCCCAUUAUCCUUCUAUGUAUCCCUUCAGUAGCCGGCAUUACAAUUCCGACACUAAUCCAAGAUCAUCAGGCAUUCAACAACUUUGUCUAUGUCGUCGUGUCUUUUCAUGGGGUCCUAUCAACAUUUAUAAUGGUAUAUCUACAGAAACCAUAUCGGGAUGUGGUUUUGAAAAUGUUCGGUGUUGAUGUGACAAGUAAUAUCCGCGUGGCUCAUUCCGUUGAUAGAAUCACUGGUUCUGUUUUAUUUUGA